UUUAUUGGAUGUCGUGAGAAAUGUCCCGCCUCUCUCCAAAUUCAACAGCAGGACUCUGCUCCCAUUGGUCCACCGGGUCGGAGUCCAGAGAACAACAAACAAGAUAGGGUGAAGACCGUCGGGAUGGAUGCAGCAACCUUAACAUACGACACACUUCGCUUUGGAGAGUUUGAAGAUUUUCCAGAGACCUCAGAGCCGGUGUGGAUCUUGGGGAAAGAAUACAACGCACUCACAGAGAAAGAUGACAUUUUAUCAGAUGUCACUUCACGACUGUGGUUCACAUACAGAAAAAACUUCCCGCCAAUUGGGGGGACAGGACCGACAUCUGAUACGGGAUGGGGCUGUAUGUUACGGUGCGGACAGAUGAUCCUCGGAGAGGCCUUGGUGUGUAGACAUGUAGGCAGAGACUGGAGAUGGGCCAGAGGCCAGAGACAAAGAGAAGAGUACAUCAGUAUUCUCAACGCCUUCAUUGAUAAAAAAGACAGCUAUUAUUCCAUCCAUCAAAUUGCCCAGAUGGGAGUUGGAGAGGGAAAGCCCAUAGGCCAGUGGUAUGGACCCAACACAGUCGCCCAAGUUCUCAAGAAGCUUGCAGUGUUUGAUACGUGGAGCAGAUUAGUGGUACACGUGGCGAUGGACAACACUGUGGUCAUCGAAGAGAUCAAGCGCCUGUGUAUGCCUUGGCUGGACGUUGAAGGAGCCUGUUGUGAACCAGAGGGAGCGGGGGAGCUGAACGGCUGCCCAGGGGGGGCGUGCGCUCUGGCUGAGGAGGAGACGGCUCUCUGGAAACCUCUGGUGCUGCUCAUCCCCCUCAGACUGGGCCUGAGCGACAUAAAUGAGGCGUACAUCGAAACACUCAAGCAAUGCUUCAUGCUGCCUCAGUCCCUGGGGGUUAUUGGGGGCAAACCCAACAGUGCCCAUUACUUCAUUGGUUAUGUCGGAGAGGAGCUUAUCUAUCUAGACCCCCAUACCACGCAGCCUGCAGUGGACCCCUGUGAAGACGGACAGGUCCCUGAUGAGACGUACCAUUGUCAACACCCCCCCUGCCGCAUGCACAUCUGUGAGCUGGACCCGUCCAUUGCAGCGGGUUUCUUCUGCAGAACAGAGGACGAGUUUGAUGACUGGUGUAUGCGCAUAAGAAGGCUGUCCUGCAACAGGGGGGGCCUGCCCAUGUUUGAGCUGGUAGACAGUCAGCCCUCCCACAUGGUCAGCGUGGAUGCUCUCAACCUUACUCCUGAUUUCUCGGACUCCGACAGGUUGGAGCGGUUCUUUGACUCAGAAGACGAGGAGUUUGAGAUCCUUUCCCUCUGAGGAACAUUAUGAACAAUGAUUUGCUGUUCUCGACAGGUGGCAAAAGAUUCUCCCUCUAUUCUGUGCUUCAGAAGGGAGAACCGGAGGGGAUGAACAUUAGCUGGAGCCCUGUUGAGCCGCCCCAGCUCCGAUGGUGUAGUCAGUGUGUCACACAGCGUUCAGCAGCCUCUGAAAGCUCUCUGUUCCUACAUUGAGACUGCCUGGUUGGAAGUCGUAGCAGGAGCUCAGGAUAAAUUCUGUAUGCACAUCUUCACAUACAUGUUUCCAUUUGAGUCUUAACACUUUAAAUGUUUAUUCUGAAGUGAUAUGGUGCCUUUCCCUGACUCCAUAAGUUAAAUUGCCAUAACAGUUUUAUGUUGUAAAGAAACUCGACGGUUUAUGAGGCCCAUGGCUUACGUGGUUUGUCCCUAAUAACUAAAGUCUGUAACAGCCUGUAAUGAAACCAAAUUAAGUCAAAACUGCAGGUAAGUUGCAUUAAUUGCUCAUGCAAAGUAACCCUGACUUUUGAACACACAUCCAAUAAUUUGAUUAUUUAUUUAAUCACAGCAUAUAGACAGGUGAACAACAAUGUAAGAGGAAUACAAAUAAAAAGUCAGAAACUGA